CCCGGCGGCAACAGGCGCACGGCGCAUGCGUAUUCGGUGGACGGCUGUUAAAUAGCGGCUGAGAUUGGAGCGGGAGAGUGAGUGGAGGCACUUCCAAUCCUUAAGGGAAGACGGGAGCACGCAGAACUGGAGAGUGGCCAUUUUUCGGGGAACCCAUGUCACAACAAAGAGUUCAGUCUUUCCCAAUAGGUACUCUAGAAAAAUGAGGGGCUUGCUAAACUGGUUCCAUUGGCGAUGGGAUGAACCAGAUGCUCUGUAUUUAUAGGUGUAUCCUCUGGACAUAGAAGGGCAAAAGAAUGAGCAACAUGGUAGUAUUAUGAUGAUCGUGACUGGAUCUAAUAGCAAAUGGAGAAUUAUUAAUGCUAACAGAAUGGCAAAGUCAACAAUGAUCCUGAAGGAGCAAUAUUGACGAGAGAUUCUGCGUCAAUCAAAUUUAAAUUAGAUCUUUGAAAGGAUGAAAAGUUGCUAGAAAAUCGAAGGAGUUCUUCAAUCAUUCAGCACAAAAACCCAAGGGACCACUAUAACAACAACUAAGACCCCGACUGCAAGGCUCUGAACAUCAUUGAACAAAUGUUUAUACCAGAUUUUGUGGUUUGAGUGUGGCAUACAAAGGAUAGUGUUUCCUCACUAAAAAAGCAACACAUAUUUCCCUUUGUGCAGCACACAUCAAAUUAAAUGGCUGCAUUUUGUAAUAAAUUCAUUGUCAGCUUCCUGUGCUGUAUAUGAGUUGGCUAGUGCUUAUCGUCACUGCACAUACAACAGGAACUCCAGCUGCACCUUCCUUAACUGUACAACCACUGAACAAGGCAACAGGAAUUAAUGCAGAAGACAUUAUAUAAAAGGAUCAGACUUCUUUCUUGUGAGAGACUUGAGAUCAUUUGGCUAUAAAGAUGUGUAGGUUAAUUUCUACACAAAUCCAGAUAUCAGCUGUUGAAGAGUUCUGGUUUUGUUCUGUGCUGGUAAACUGCUACCCUGAAUCCAAGGCACUUUGUUGAGAAGAGUUAAGAGAUUCCUAUUUUCAGCCUGUGCAUAGGGAGCAUAUGGUUUGAAAACCUCUUCGGCAUCCCUGAGCAGAAGCAACACCCAUUGCCAUAGGAACCUGCAAAAAACAAUGGACGGGGACCAGCUUUGUAGAACUGAGACGAAGGAGAAGGUGUUGAAUUUUCCUGGCAUUGGGAAUUGUGCCCCAGGUGCACUUCAAGAACAGCAUGGUUACAAAAAUGGUUUGCUGGGUUUGUGUCUACGUCCACAGGUGACUGAUGACGCCUGCAACGGGAAAACAGUGCUGAAAUCUAUACCUAUUUCUACAUUGAAACACAAUGGCCUUCUACAGUCUCUUACAGCAGGUGGCGAUGAGCAGAAACGUGAAGCGGAAGUGACAUUGGAGGUGCUGCAGGCAGAGGCAGAGUGGGAAGCUUUGGAAACAGCACAAAGAGAAUUACCAUUGGAGGAACGGGAAGGUCCAACUGAUAUCACAGGAUCCACCCUGCUCAUCUCCUUUAAUGAAGCACUUCAGCAUUUCCAAACGGCGGAUCUCUAUGAGUACAGGAAGAACAUCCAGCCAACUGUACGCAGGACAGGGUUUUCUGCCAUCACCCAUUUUCUCUUUGGCCCACCACGUUUGCACAAGGAAUUGCAGGAAGAGCGGGAUCUGGUAUUUGCAAUUGGCCAGUGCUCCCUGGACAACAACCAGAAAGUUCACAUUCGGGUUUUGCAGACAAUUUACAAAAAACUGACAGGGGCAAAAUUUGACUGUGCACGAUAUGGCUCACACUGGGAGCAAUUGGGAUUUCAAGGUAGAGAUCCAGGGACAGACCUACGUGGGACAGGGUUCCUUGGCCUGAUGCACACAUUAUAUAUGGUGAUGGACUUGAAGACUCUACCUUUGGCUCGGGACAUUUAUAAACUGUCACACCAUCCGACACAAAAUUUCCCUUUCUGUCUAAUGUCCAUUAAUAUCACCAGAAUUGCUAUCCAGGCUCUGAGAGAAGAAUGUCUAUCCAAAGAAUGUAAUCGAAGACAGCAAGUGAUUGGAGUCCUUAAUGAUUUCUACGUGGCAGCAUUCCUGCAUCUUUAUCAGAUUUGGAAAACACAGCACAAAACCAUUACUGAUUCAGGAUUUGUUCUUAAAGAGGUUGAAACAUUUGCUAAAAAGAAUCCAAAGCAACUGCUGAAAAAGUUGGAAAUAUACUUGAUGGAGCGACAGAAUGGAAUGGUGCUGUCCACGGACAAGGUGUCCCUAGCUACCAAUCAUGCUGGGAUGAGGCCAAAAUCCGCAUCAGCUGCAAACACCAAAGAGAUUAACUUUAUGGGCGUGUGUGAGCUGGAGCCAGAGCCCGAGGGUGAGGUGCGGCUAAUCUGAAACUACGCGUGAGUGAUGAAAAUUGAGAAAGAUAAUCGACAUCACCAUGUGGCAGGGAUGUGACAUCUGAAAGUUUCACUAUUACGGCAUGCACUACUCAAAUACUGAACAUUAUUGUAGGCUGGCAUUAACCAUACACAACAACAUCAGUGCAGUAGAAUCUUGGCUUCCCCUAAUAACAGUGGCUUUCAAAUGUGUAAUUGUUGUAGGCUUGCUGUAUUAGCUCAUAUAUUCAGUGCUGCUCUAGCUUGAACACUCAAGUGCUGUUUCCAGAUAAUGCUAGCACAAAGAAGCUUUCUGCUACCUUUCAAAACUGUUCCUCCAUUGGAACAUUACCCUACUCAGGAGAGGAGAACAUAUAUGUUCCUUUUAACAGUGAUGCGGUCUGUGCUGGGCAUAGUUUGAACUCUACUUUUUAAAGUGACACUAAUUAGCUUUAAUUCUGAAUUAGUGCUGUCAGUAAUGAAACAGAAAGCUGAAAGAUGCAAUAAUAUUGUAUCUGUAUUCUGGUUGGGCAAAGUGAUUGUGGUUCAUAUUCAGUUGAAUGAGAGGAUUCCUAUUUCAAGGUGGCUCUCUCUCUCUCUCUCUCUCUCACCUUGAUUUUUAUCUUAACCACACAAGCUAGUUGACUGAAGUAUUUGAUGUAAUGUAAGGACAUGUAAUACCUGACAGCCCUACAUGGUUCUCCAGUUUCCUCGUUCUGUAGUACUUGUUCAGACAGCAAGUCUUGGGCCUGGCACCAAACAGAAGACUGAUUCUGAACGAGCUGAAAACUUGUUCAAACCCAUGAAUGUUUCAGAAUUUCAUAUGAAGUCCAUUUCAUAGUUGCAAGUGACAGGCUAGUUGCAUUUAGAAAACUCAGCAAUGGUCCAAUCUUUGAGUAAUUUUGCAUCUUUAUAUUUCAUAAUUUCACAUUUAUUUAAAGUAAGCUACUCGGCUGUGCAGUGUUGAUCCUUGCUGUAGCAUUUAUCUAUUUGUUUUUCGGUAUGGCGUUCCUCUCCUCCAACACUUGAGAGUACUAGAUCAGACGUAUGGUAACUCCACCAUUCUGUGUCAUUAUUAAUCAGUUUAUGGUACCGGUAAUGUUGGAACUUCCAAGAAAUUUCAUGUUAGCCUCAUUUUUAUUGUGUAUGUAUUUUAAUAUGUUUUAAAUGUAUUCUUAAACUGGACUGUUAGGCUAUCAGAAACAUAUUGUUGCUUAUUAAAAAUUGUUAACUGAGGAACCAUCAAUGACCUUGUACCUCUGGAGUGGUUGAUGUUAAAUUUCAGCUGUAGCUCAUUUCAUUUCUUCAGCAUUUGACAAGUUGCAGGACUCUGCUUGAUUAGCAGUAAGCACGGCCCCUCAAUACAGAUUAGAGGUAUGCAAUAUUUUGUUGAAAUUUUUGUGAAAUAUUUGAUGUUUUGAGGAAAAAAGAAUUCUUGUCCAAUUCUUUAGAAUUUAGAUUCAAAGUUCAUAGAGUAUUUGCCCUUAAACACUGCAAGGUUUUUAAACAUAUCAGAGUCUGUUGUUUCCAACAUGAAGUCAUUCACAGGAAAUUACAAGAUAGCAGACUACUGUGUAAAAUUUACCACCGCAAAGAUCUGUGUUGCUAAAACUUGGUAAAGCCAGGCAAAUUCUGCACAUUAGCAAUUCUCAGUCUUAGGCUGCAAAUUGAGGAUCAUCAGCAAAUCUAACAGGAGUAAGCAGAGGGAAAAGUAGGCAUCACAAACUGGGGAAAUGGAAUGAGACUGUGCUGGAUAUUUGUCAAGAGAACAGGUCAAAUUGCUUUUCUCCUGGCUGGAUAUACAAAGUGAAUAACCAUUUGUAGUUGCUGAUUCUCAAUAGGCCUACCGUGCAUUCUUUCCUUUUAUAAUGAUUUGAGCAGUGGAAAAUUGCCGUGUUGUGAUCAUAAGUGCCCUUGUCCGACAAUGUAGUUGCAGUUUAAUAUUGUACCACAAGGUGCAUGAGUUGCAGUUAACUAAUGUGAACAUGUAUAGCUAGUGGUCAGCUUGGAUAUCUUUUAACUGUGCUUAAGACCUGAAUACACUGUUUUCCUCAUUUUCAUUCAGGAGAAAGACAUCAUAGUAAGGUACUUAAAAUUAGUUGUAAUUGAACGUGGCUGAUCAAUAUAGGAGAACAAACAAUACAACCAGGGUGAUUGCACUACUCUGCCCCUUAAGCUCGGGAGUUGUUUUUGAUCUCAUCUCCAAAAUAUUUUGGUGCUGGAGAUAGUGAGGGAAGGUGCAAUGAAUCUGAGCAAUGAGUCAAACAGAGAAAAUGCCGGAAAUCAUAAACACGAGAUUCUGCAGAGACAGUAUGUGUUGAAAUGCUGGAAAUGUUGUCAGGCAUUGGAGAGUGUUAAAACAGAUUGAUAACUUUUAAUCAAAACUGAUAUUGGAGAUCUAACCUACGAAGAAAGGCUGAAGAAACAGUCUUGUAGAGGAACAAAAAAUAAUCAUUGUAUGUAAAUGAUCAGUCCUAAGCUUGUGAACAUUGAAUAAGGAAAGAGCAUAAAGCUGGUAAAAGGCAGAUUUGGAACUAGCCUGGAUCACAGAAAGAAUGACAUAUAGAAAAGCAGAAUGGAAAUAGCAGUCAGAGGUGACAAUUGUCCAGGUGUUUAAGAAACUGGUAUAUGCUGCAUUAAACAUUUGAGGGUGAUUCUGGAUGAAUGGCCCAAGAUGGAUCCAGUGGCCUUCCUCACCAGCAGUGAAAUUGGAAUCCAAUGGCACCUUUUGGUUAACAAGUUUCAUUCAAAUUGGACAGUCAAAUAUGAAAUUUUGUGGAAGCUUCAAUAUUGUGACAAAAAGAUAUUCUGUCUUAGAUGUAAUGGACUAAUAUGCAAAUCUUGAUUAACGCAAGUAUUCUUUUAAACAAGAUAAUGGAAGUUUUAAGACCCUCUAGCAUGUGAGAAAGGGUGGGUAGACAGUGGUGCUGGUAACAUCUUUACAGGUCAGCGCAAGUAAAACUUGUCCUCUAAUACCAGCAGCACUGUAAACAUGCAAGUACUUUUGUGACUUAUUGCAUUGUAAGACACAAGUUUCACGUUUGCUUGUGGACCUCUGAGCUGUUGACUUAAUGCAUUCUGAACCGCCUAAUAUAUUGUUAUCUCACAAUAUUGUGGCUUGGAAAUGAAUCCAAUGUUUUCCCAGUCGAUCAAGUGAAUUUUUUUUCACCAGAAAUAUGCUAUCCCAUGUAAUUUUUCUAAAAGGCCUGAGAUCAAGGGAAAACAGAGAUGUGAAAAUUUAAAAUAAAACCAGCAUAUGAUAGAAAUUCACUAUUGCUCUGCCAGCAUAUAUUGUUCACCUAUAAGUAGGUGCAAGUUCAGGGAUGUUUUAAAUGUAUAGCGAUACAGCAGGGAAACAUCUCUUCAGCUCACCAAAACUGUGCUGACCAUCAGUCACCCACUUGCACUGAUUCUACACUAUACCUGUUUUGUUGUCCCCACAUUCUCAUUAACCCCCCCGCCCCAAAUUCUAUCACUCGCCCACACACUCAGAGCAAUUUCCAGCUGCCAGUUUACUGACACCAAGCAGAAACCAGAACGUGGAGGAAACCGACAUGAUCACAGGGGAAACAUGCAAACUCCACCUGUGUAAUGCCCAGGGUCAGGGUCUCUGGUACUGUGAGGAUCUGUCUCUGUGCUGCCCUAGUUAUGCUCCAUAUGAAGUUUCUUUCCUUGUCUUAUCCUAACCAGGAGAAUAACUUUUUAUUUCUCUUCAUUCUAUUUCAUCUGGACUGUUUUAUUUUAGUUAGUGGCAGUUGAAUUAAACAUAUCCAAUAUGGAUUACAAACAUCCAAUUAAGCUGCCUGAAACAUUUUGGAUUCUUUGUGAUACUGUUGGCUCUAACUAAUUGGGGUUAAGUUGUACUUUCAAAUGUUAUGAAGUGAUUCAGAACCACUCUAUACAUAAGUACAAUAAGUUACUUCUGUUUUAUUUCAGUAAAUGACAAUUGAAUAGCACAUACUCACGUAUCCAUCCUUGACUUGCAGCUUCUUUGCAUUCUCCACACAACCUACUUUCCCACACAAUUUUGUGGAUACACAAAUGUCUCAGUUUACGAUCUUCUUCAAUUGUAAGUAGCUGCUGCUCAAGUACUGAACACUGUGAUAUCCCACCAACUUUAGCAAGCCAAGCCAAAAACUACCCAAUAUUGUUUCCCCCGCUGAAACCACUAGCUAUGCAUCCAUCUCUUUUUAAGCCCUUGCCUGUGGCACAUUACAUCAAGGAGCUUUGAUGGCUAUUAAUUCCAUUAAUUAAUUUUUCCUCAUAGGGCUUUGGAGAGGAUGCAGAGGAGAGGUUUUGAAAUGGUAACACGCAUGUGCUGCUUGCACUGUUUCUCUUGGAGAAGAGAAGGCGAGCAGUAUAGCUUCAGUAAAAAUGUUGUAAACUGGUCAAUUAGGUUUCUUCAUUAACACAGCAAUAUUACAGCAGUUCUCAAAAAUGCGUUUUUGAAUUUGUUUAAAUGGAAAGUUUCCUUAUAAAAUGGACAGGUAAUCAAAAGCUUUACCUGUGUGAAAGUUAAAAUGGGUGGGAGACUGUAAGAUAUUGUGCAAUAUAAGGCAUCCAUCUGGGUAAGAGAAUGAUUGAGAAUUCCAGUAAAGUGGGUGUAUGAUGCGUUCAGAGACAUUUAAGUUACACUUACUGCUCAUUAUUUUUACAAACUUCGGCUCUCUCUAGUAUGGAUAUUUAAGUUUUAUAACAUGGGUCUGAAGGGUAGAAUGAGAACAAAACUCACUACAGAGUAUAAAGCUUUCACUGGCGGUGUUGGUAGGGGAACAAUGAACAAACAAACAUAUAAGAUGCUUAACAGAUAACAUUAUAGUGUAUUAAAAAGGCAUAGUAUUUUGUGAAGGCCUUUGUUACCAACAUAUAUUAAUCAAAUUUGGUGACAACACUGGAAACAGCUGCACAGGAGAUUGAGAGAUGUUAGAAUACUAAUGACUCUGGUUUCCUGGAAGUGUGCUGCUCAGUUGUAGAUCCAGUCUGCCUACAUACUACACACUUCUGUGCACUGGCCGCAGUUUGUGGUGAGGUUGGGCCAAUUCAACGUUUGGAAAUUCAGCCCUUGGCACUUUGGUAUCAGAAAUGGGUUCUGGAUUUGAACAAGUUUGCAGGUGGAUCUAUUGCUCCUUUACAACAUUAAAUGUUAUAUAUUAAUUGUGCAGAAAUGAGAUGCAUACUGAGGACCUGUGAAAUGUCUGAAAUCCUUUUUAAAUGAUCUUUGGGCUGUUGAGGUCACUGCAAGUAAUGUGAUCUUGUUUCAAAGUUUAAUAUUUUAUUGACAAGUCUAAUUUAUCCUGUAGUUUUCCUUUGUUCAAAUGCAGGUUAAUUGAUGUUUUAUCUUUAAACAGGAUUUCAGUGAUGAACACUGUGAUUGGCUGUAUUCAGGAUGUAAUAUUAGCACUGUGGUUGUACUUGGGAUGUCAUGGAACAUAAGCACUAAACAUCUUUAUUUUUGCAUCCAUUAAAUUUUAUGUUUUUAAAAUAAAAAAUCUAUAUGAACUGUUUCACAAUCAGUAGCAUUACUGUAUCACAAUAAAGAAUAAUUUUGGGAAUGUUCUUCAGUGGUUAUCUUGGAAUGGAUAGUUUCAUCUUGGUUAUACAAAGUAUAGCUUCACACUCUUACAA